AAUCGAGAAAUGUUUGGAUGACAUACAUAAUGAUGAGACACAAGGAUUGAUGUAUUUGUUACUAAUUGCAAGUUGUGGUCGUUUUUGCCUCAAUUGUGAUCGUUUGUAUAUAUAAUGUCAAUGCAAUUAUGGCAAGAAAUUCAUGGAGUCCUCUGUUUGGACCAAGAGGUCGGCCAAACUGAUAUCACUGCUAUUGAUCCGUUAACUGAAGAAACACUUAUCCAUAAUCUUUAUCAACGAUAUAUUAGCGACCAAAUAUACACAUAUAUCGGAACAAUGGUUAUUGCCGUCAAUCCACACAAAAAAUUAUCUUUUUAUUCGCCUGAAGUAAUUGCUGCCUAUCAACACCACAAUCUACUCGACUUACCGCCACAUUUAUAUGCAAUAACAGAAUAUAUGUUUCAACUGAUGAAAGAGCGAAAUCGCGAUCAAUGUAUUAUUGCAACGGGAGAGAGUGGAUCUGGAAAAACGGAGUCAUCAAAAAUAGUAUUACAAUAUCUAAUCUAUGGUUCAAGUCGUCGAAGAAAUCUUGAAUAUUUGAAGGAACAGUUGCUUUGUUUAAAUGAUAUCUUAGAAGCUUUUGGUAAUGCAGUCACAAUUCAUAAUAACAAUUCAUCGCGUUUUGGAAUGCUAUUAGAUAUUGAAUUUGACUUUAAAGGAGAUCCUAUGGGCGCAAGUAUUACUAAUUAUUUGUUGGAAAAGUCUCGUGUUGUUAAUCAAUCAGUUGGUGAAAGAAAUUUUCAUAUAUUUUAUCAAAUGCUUUAUGGAAUUGAUUUACAUCUCUUAAAAUUUUUAAAACUUCAGCGAAAUGUUGAAUGUUAUACUAUUUUUAAUGACACCCAAUCUUUCAAAUCCGAUGAUUUUGAUGAUAAAAAUAAUUUUUUUAUAACAAAAAAAGCCAUGGAAACUAUUGGAUUUACUGCCGAAGAUAUUGUUUCAAUUUUUCAAAUAAUAGCCGCUGUCCUUAAAUUAGGAAAUUUAAAAUUUAUACCCAAAGCCAACAUCGAUGGCACAGAAGGCUGUGCUUUACUCAAUGAAUACGAGCUUUACGAUGUGUGCGAACUAUUGGCCGCAGACGUGACGGCAAUGGAGACCGCAUUUACGCAACGAAUCGUUGAGUCACGACAUGAGCUUCUUGUCGCUGAUCUCUGUUCUGUCGAAGCGAGGAAAACAAGAGAUGCCUUAUGUAAAGCACUUUAUAAUCGUCUUUUUGCUUGGAUUAUAGCAAAAAUCAAUGAAUUAAUUAAAGCUAAAUUUGUUAGUAAAAGAAAUUCUGUUAGUAUUCUUGACGUUUAUGGGUUUGAAGUUUUUCAAGAAAAUUUUUACGAACAAUUUUUAAUAAAUUAUUGCAAUGAAAAGUUACACCAAAUUUAUAUUGAUCUCACGUUAAAGUUUGAACAGGAGUUAUAUAUUAAAGAAGGAAUUCAAUGGAAGAAAAUAGAAUUUUUUAAUAAUAAUGUUAUUUGUGAGUUAAUUGAAAAGAACAAUCACGGAAUACUAUAUCUAUUGGACGAGGAGUGUCACAAACCCAGUCCAGCAACCGAUGAGACGUUCCUUCAAAACUUAAGUAAUGUUUGUGAAAAUAAUCCUUACUUUGACAGUCAGGACAACCCAUACUAUGAAAGCCACGGAUGCAAAAACUUUGUAGUAGUGCCUCAUUUGAAUAUUUCUUGUGAAUCACAUAAUCCCGGAAGCGCUUCAUCACUGCCACCAUUGCCUCUUCACUGCUUUCGAGUCAGACAUUUUGCAGGAACUGUGACUUAUUCUGUAAAUGGUUUUGUUGACAAAAACAAUGAUAUAUUAUACAGAGAUUUAUCAUAUGUUAUGUUUCAAAGUGAACACCCAUUAUUGAAGAUCCUAUUCCCAGAGGGUAAUCCCUACCGAACUCAUCUAAAAAAGCCGGUCUCUAUAGCCAAUCAAUUUAAGAUAUCAAUCGGUGCGCUCACCAAAAAAAUACAAUCAAAAGACAUUCAUUUUAUAAAAUGCAUUAAACCUAAUGCCAUAAAAAUGCCACAAAUUUUUGAAACGGCAUUAGUUGAGCAUCAGAUUAGGUAUCAAUUGUUACUCGAAAUUGCAAAACUCAGAAAAACAGGAUAUUUUCAUAAAGAAGAUUAUGAAUCGUUUUUGAGAAGAUUUAAAAUGAUAUCAUCGACUACUUGGCCCAAAUGGAAAGGUAGUCCUGUUGAAGGGGUGACACUUCUGCUCAAACAAUUCCCAAUUCAUUCAUCAGAAUAUGCUUUUGGAAAGACUAAGAUUUUUAUCAAAAAUAUUAGACUGAUGAUAGAUUUAGAUGAGUAUCGCACUGAAAGACUCAAUGAAUUGGCAACUCUACUGAAAAAAGUGUGGAGGGGUUGGACUCAAAGGAGACUAUUUUUGCAAUUACUUAAGAGCCAAAAAAUUAUUGCCAAAAAUUAUAGAAUUUGGAGUAUGUUAUCUUACAUUUGAUUAAUUUACACAAAAAAUAACAAUUAAUUUAAUUUAAAGCGUAAAAGAUAUUUAUUAUGGUUAUCGAGACGAUUACCUUCUUUGUCCCCAAUAAGCCGUGAGUGGCCGUUAGCGCCGAGAUCUUUACAGACAACAAAUCAUAUUCUGCGCAAACUUUACCAUAAAUGGAGGUGCCAUAAAUAUCGAUUACGUUUCGAUCAAACGGCCCGAAACCGAAUGAGAGAGAAAGUAACGGCGAGUUUGAUAUUUCGCGACCGAAAGACUUCAUAUAAGAAGAGUGUUUGGCAUCCAUUCCGAGGCGAUUACGUCAGACUUAGACAAAGUGUUCGCUGGAAAAGGUGUUCACUUGAAUUGGGGGAUCAAUACGUCGUGUUUGCAGAUAUUGUCAAUAAAAUUACUAAAAGUGGAGGAAAAUUUGUUCAAAAGUUAUUUAUCAUAACUACAAGUGCUAUGAUAAUUAUGGAUCAGAGAACUAUGCAAUGCAAGUAUCGGAUACCUGUUCAACACAUUCAUAGAAUAUCAUUGAGUCCUUAUAUGGAUGAUAUUGUUAUCAUUCAUACUAUUUAUGAUCAGAGCGGUAUUGAUGAGAGAAAAGCCUUUUUGUUUGAGUCAACACAUGUUAUAGAAAUAGUAACGAAAUUGUUUUUAGUUAUUCAAAAUGCUUUGGGAAAACCACCAGAAAUUCAAAUUAGUAACGAAUUUGAAGCCAACUUCGGUAAAGAUAUGGUUACAUUUAUAUUUCGAUGUUUAGGACCACCAGAUAUAACUACCGGUCCCCCAAAGAUUAAUAGAAAAGGCAAUAAACUAGAGAUAACUCUAUGAAAUCGUCUGACAAUCUGUUAAUUCAAAUAAUGGCUUAAAUUUAAC